GCAAACACAGGUGUUGUAGGCGCUUGGCUGAACAGCUGCUUUGUUGUGUGAGUAUCCUGUUUUUGUCCACAAAGCACAAAGCCUAACAUGGCUGCCGAGUGCCCCUUGGGAUCUGAGGUGACGGAUCUUCACAGGAGGGUCAAUCAGGUGACAGAUGAGUCACUCGAAAUCACCAGAAACAUGAAGCUGCUAUUAGAGGAGAGCAAAGAUGCAGGAAUCAGGACAUUGGUCAUGCUAGAUGAACAAGGCGAGCAACUGGAGCGCAUUGAAGAGGGGCUGGACCAGAUCAAUCAGGAUAUGAGAGAAGCUGAGAAAAAUCUUACAGACCUCGGCAAAUGUUGUGGCCUGUGCUCAUGCGAUAAGCUAAAAAACAUUGAAGCAAGUGAAGCCUAUAAGAAAGUGUGGGGUAAUAAUCAGGACGGUGUGGUAUCCAGUCAGCCAUCAUCGCGUAUUGUGGAUGAGAGAGAAAAAAUGACAAUGAGUGGUGGAUACAUCAGAAGAGUGACAAAUGAUGCACGGGAGGAUGAGAUGGAGGAGAACUUGGCCCACGUAGGCAGCAUCCUUGGCAAUUUGAGAAGCAUGGCACUUGACAUGGGCAAUGAAAUUGAUACUCAGAACGUGCAGAUUGAACGUAUACAGUCAAAGGCUAUUGCCAAUGUUUCUCGCAUCAGUGAGGCCAAUCAGAGGGCUAACAAGCUAAUCGCAAGGUAAAUACAAAAGAGUGUGAUCAUUUGAGAACGACCAUUUGUUUAGCCAUCAUAUAACGGCUUUAUAGUUAUGUUUUGUUUUGUAUUUUUUACUUUUUUUCCAAAAAGUGAAUAAAGCAGG